UUUCUACCUCCCCAUGUUAGUGGAGUUAUCUUCGUAGUCUUACUUAAGAAUAAGGAAAGGAUACUCUUUUAUGAGGGAGUAGAGCUAAGCUGUAAGGUUUUAGGUGGAUCCUAACAAAAUGGUUCACUGGGACAAACUAAGAGCUUUCCAUUCCCGUGGGGAAGAGGAUACUGCAGCAGCCAGCCAAAACCAGCAGUGUGGUAGACCGCAGCUAACUAGAUACCAGAGAAGAAGGUGUAAACAGGCAACUUCAGAGCUGCCAAGAGGAGGCCAAACCAGGGUCUUGCAAGUUUACAGAUUUAGGAGUCGUGCCCCAUUUACCAGUGUGCACUGCAAUGGUAAAGGCUCUUUGAGGCUCCCUAGGACUCCUGAACUGACAGAAGAUGGAGACAUUAUGGGAAUGCUGGCUAGGUCUGCCAGCUACUGGCAGCAGCAAGAACCUGCUCGAUGUUGGAUCAGAGACUGUACUGUGCUGACCUGCUCAGCAGCAGGUCAUCCUUCUAGAAAACAUCUGUUGCAACACCACCUUCUAGGUGAGGAAGAUGACUUGAUCUACUGGAUGAGAAACGAAUUAAUCUCAAUGGAUGAAGGCAAUGAUGGCACCAUCAGGGACACUGGGACAUCCAGCUCCCAGGGAAGUGUUACAAAUGAUGAUGUUCCCAGGAGUUUUGCAGAGGAGUAUUCAUUGGUUCCCUUAAAUACACUAAAGAAAUAUUCUGCUCAGGGUUUUGAUCAGCAAGUAGAAAACUAUUUUGCAAAACUCUGAGCUUCAGGAUAGAUGUUAGGAAUUUAGGAAGCAAAUCUGUUGAAGAUGCAAAUGCCAGUCUUCAUGUGCACAGUUUAUAACAAUGCAGGCUUAAGCAUACAGUAAAGCCACAAAGGUUCAUGCAAGGUAAGGCCCAGUAUUUGCUCUUGGAUUGACAGAGAGCUAGAAAGAUAAAACUGAAAUGCAAGUAGCUUUUUCAUACUUGUUGCUGUCCUCUUUGGGAGUUUAAAAACCUGUAAUAAUCAUAAGGCAUUAAAAAUGGAAAAAUAUCUGAGUCUAAGCUAAAGUAAUGACUAACCCUUUUGCAAUUGUAAGGGAUAUACCAAGAAAUAUGGUUGUGUUUUGUCUUUUUCUCAGCAGUGCAGUCUCUUCUUAAUAACUUUUUGUAGGGUAUUUGAAAUUCAAAGACCUCAUAUGCUGGUAUUUCCUUUCACUAAGUGCUUUAAUUUACUCUAUAGAGGUCUAGAAGGUUUAGUACUUUUUGUGUUGCCUUUUUUUUUCCCUUGAUCUGCAUCUAAAAAUUCUACUCCACUGCAUGUAUUUGAUUAUUCACAUAUAAACAGCUAUGUAUGAUAAUGUGACACAGCUAGAGCAUAUCCUGCUUAAAAAAAAAAAAAACACCCAGGAUACCUACACCCUCUAGCUGUGGAUAACUUGUAAUAUGAAUUAAUAAAUUAUUUUUUCUUUGUUCUGAGUACCUUGUAAAUUUUUCUAGUCACUUUCUGUUUUUUUCAGCUUAGAAAUGUGCUGAGAGAUUUCAACUUAAAAAUUAUUACUUUAUUUAGUCAAUGAGUAGGCUUCAGAUAUACAGCUUAGUCAUAUCAGUAAAACUAGAGUGCAUGGUUGCUGGAAAACAAAUAUACUUCAGAACCUGAUUGAUCUUGUUAUUUGGAAAUACAUCUGUCGAUAAGGUUUGGCUGUGUCUCAAAGGUGACUCUAUUUACAAUGGACAGGCUUGAAAUAUUUGAUUUAAUUAAAACAUAUUAUUUUGAAGCAAGAUUUCAGCAGUGGAUUUUCUUUCUGUACCUUAGUAGGCAGAGAACCAUUUAAGUACUCUCUCUAUUGUUGCUCCUUUGGUUUGUGUAGCUUCAGCUAUAACCCUUU